AUGCUUUCCCCUACCGGCACAAGUCCUCCGGCUAUUGCGGAUGACCCGAGGCUCCCGAUGACGCAAUCUAUAGAUAGCGGGAGGUCUGGGCGGUCCAUCCCGCCGGGCGUUGAGUAUACCGUCGGCUAUUCCCGCUCCCGCCGCCACGCGCGCGGCGCGCCGUCCCCGCCCUCGUCGGGCACGACGCCGACACCGUUUUCCCCCUACUUCCCGUAG